AUGAUAGAAAUAGAACAAUUAAAGUGUUUUUAAAAUCAUAAUAGCCCUAUUUGCUCAGUAAUAAUAGAUAAGGAUUUUAAUAAAAAUUAAAGGUUGCUGUGCAACGAAUGCAUGUAAGAUUUCAAUGAAAAUUUGUAAAUUAAGGGUUUUAAAGCAAUUUAUCAAUAGAUAGAAAGCAAUUUGUACUAGAAUAGAGAUUAAAUGUGUUAGCUUUUAUUCUAAAAAAAAGAAAAGCUAAAAUCUUUAAUAAAUGAUUUAAAUGAUUGGAAAUCUUCAAUUUUAAAUUAAAUAGAUUCAAUUUUAGAAGUUCUAAAAUAUUGGUCUGAAUAGUUAAUGCCAGAUAAAUAUAUUAAUAAAUAAUAGAGUUUUAUUGAUUUAUUAGAAUAAUAUUUAAGAAAUAGUGAUUUUGGUUAAAAAGAUUUUGAAUAGAAGGUGAAUAUGAUAAUUGAAAUAAAUCAAACAUCAUUUGAAAAGAUUAAGAUAAAAUUAAAUAAAUUUAAUUCUAAAACUAAAUAAUUAUUAGAUAAAUUUAAAUUAACAUUUAUGGAAAUAGGAAAAAAUCCUAGUGCAUAAGUGAAUUUAAAAUUGAUAACAAAAAAGAUUGGAUAAUCAGAGAAUUGUUGGACUAUAGCUUUUAAUCAUAAUGGAUAAAUAAUGGCUUCAGGAUGUGAAAAUGAUAUAAAAAUAUGGGAUUUUAAAAAUGGUUAAAUGACUGAACUUUGCACAUUAGAGGGUCAUUCUGAAAUUGUUAGUUGUUUAAUAUUUAGUAAAUAUUGUGAUAAGUUGAUUUCUAGUUCAUAUGAUAAUUCAAUUCUCUUAUGGUAAUUAAAUUAAUAAUAAAAAUGGAUAUGUUCAUAGAAAUAUUUAGAACAUUAAGAUAGAAUUUUAUGUUUAAUAUUAAGUAAAGAUGAAAGAACAUUAAUUUCGGGAAGUAAUGAUUCAACAAUAAAAGUUUGGAAUGUUGAUUUAAAUAAUUUCAAAAUAAAUUUCAAUUAUUCACUUUUAAAACAUUAAAAUAGAGUUUUUGGAUUGUCAAUGAAUACUUCAGAAACUUAUUUAGUUUCUUGUGGUGAAGAUUGUUAAAUAAUAGUUUGGAAAAAAGAUAAAAAUAAUAAAUGGGAAUUUAAAUAAAUUGUUAAUUAAUCAAUUAAAGAAUGGGGAACUAAAAUAGCUUUUAUUCGAGAAAAUUAAUUUAUUUGGCUGACAGGGAAAUAAACUAGUAGUGAUUGUAUUUGUUUUUUUGAAUUAAUAGAUGGUAAUUUUUAAGAAUAAUAAGAAUAAUUAUUGAAAUUGUAAGUGAAUAAUCAAGUAAUUGAUUAUAGUUUAUUUCCAAUUAUGAUUGAUAAAUAAAAAGAUAUCAUAUUAUUUAGACAUAAAUUACACAUUUAUUUGCUAACAAAAAAAAUUAAUGGAAAAUAUAACGUUAUGGUAAAAUUAUCAUUUCCUGAUAAUGCAACUUUUGGAAUCAUUACAAAUGAUUUCAAAUAUUUAGUUAUUUGGGAGGAAAAUAGAAAUUGUUACUCUAUAUAUGAAAUCGAGUAUUUUUUGGCUUGA